UUCCAGAAGCGUCUCGCAUUUCCCAAGGAGGCAAACAAACGCAACCCAUCCAUAUGGUUGAUACUAACCCGGCCAUUUUUGUUCCACAACCUCGAGCAACCAGAGCCCAGACUAUCUGUGGCUCACUUUUGCAAGAUGGCAAACACCAAUGCGCCAGGCGUCAUCCACGCUGAUCCGAAUGAGACUGGAGUCUAUGAAAUCGAAAGCCUUUGCAUGAACUGUCACGACAAUGGCAUGACACGAAUCCUGCCAAUCAAGAUCCCAUUUUUCAAAGACAUUCUUCUCGAAUCUUUCUCGUGCGACCAUUGUGGGUGGAAGAACAACACUGUUAAGAGUGCCGGUCAGAUUCAAGAGAAGGGUUCCAAGUACACCUUCAGAUUGGACAAUGUUAAAGACCUUCAACGACAAGUCGUGCGAAGCGACACCGGUAUCUUUCGUAUCGAAACCAUCGACCUCGAGAUGCCCGCUGCUCCCGGACAAUUGACCAACCUCGAAAGCAUGAUUCUGAAGAUCAAGACCGAUUUGGAAUUUGAUCAACCGACUAGGAAGGAAGCCAGUCCAGAGGUGUUUACGGCUCUCGAGUCCAUCAUUCAAAAAUUGGACGGAAUGCUCCAAGGCGACGCCUUCCCAGUCACAGUCUCGUUGGAUGACAUCUCAGGCAACUCCUUCAUCGAGCCUUCGCCAGAAGAUAAGGAAUCAAAGUAUAGCCGACAGGACUAUCUGCGCACACACGAGCAGAAUGCCCAACUUGGACUGGCUGCAGACACUGAAGACGAUGAAGGUGGCGGUAUGGAGGGAGUGACCGUUGUUGACGAUGAAGUGUUUGAGUUGCAUUCGGAAUGUCCUGCUUGUUCGAAACCAUGCACGGUCAAUAUGAAAAAGACAAACAUCCCGCAUUUCAAAGAGGUCAUCAUAAUGGCCACUGUGUGUGACCAUUGUGGCUAUCGAACAAGCGACGUCAAGACAGGAGGAGAGAUUCCGGAAAAAGGAAAACGCAUCGUCUUGCAGAUCAAGACGAUAGAGGAUAUGUCGAGAGACAUUCUCAAGUCAGAAUCUUGUGUUUUGAGAAGUUUGGACCUAGGUCUUGAGGUCCAACCAGGAACUCUGGGCGGGCGUUUCACAACCGUUGAAGGCCUCCUGAGUCAAGUUCGUGAACAGCUGCACGGGCAAAUAUUCAACGUUGGUGACGAAGACCUUUCAGGCGGCGACUCGAUGACAUCGGAAACUAAAACUAGGUGGGACCAAUUCUUUGACAAACUGGAUCGCGCCAUCAAAGCAGAGUUUGAAUACUCUAUCACGCUGGAGGAUCCACUGGCCAACUCCUUCGUGCAGCUGAACGUCGAUUCUGGGAAUGAUCCUCAGAUCUCUACCGAGGAGUAUGAGAGAACCCAAGAAGAAAAGGAUGACCUCGGCCUCAGCGACAUGAAGACCGAAGGGUAUGAAAAUGACCAAGGUGAAUGAGCACGGAAGGUUGCUGGAUAAAUGAGAACUACCUCAACCGGAAACAGAUGCCUCCGGCGAGACGACCUAUCGAUCUGGAUACCCACUCAACCUGACCCAACCACUGGCUGAAUAGGCUUGAUUGUGUUCAUGCAUCAUUUCUGAGGAGGACCAGACGAACAUUCCAGUGUUCACCAGCGAUCAGUAUUGCCGUACAGCCCGUUGAUGAGGGAUACAUUCGACCAAGAUCCUGGGUUGAGGUAUAACGACAGGCACAUCGAUCCCAGAGUCGGCUACACGUAGCCUCUGAACCGCAAGAACUUCAUGGAGCUUCGUGGAAGCACGAUUCCGAUUCAUACACAAGGCCAUCCUACCCUCUCAUGGGAAUAUCUGGGACUGGCAUCUACCGCACAUGCAUUCCAAGGAAGAGUUUCUAGGUAUAGACCAAAGAAGGCCAGUGUUUGUAUACCAUGUGCACUUUAUGGAAGCACCCAUUCUGUUUUGAUACCCCCGAGCUUUUAUAUAGCACCGACUUAGAGCAUAUCCAUUGACAUGAGCACAAAAUCUUGAUCACGUGGCUUCUGCCUGAGAACCAACCUGAUGC